GGACAUUCCUCUGCCUUGAUUUCAAAUAAUAAAAAAAGAGUUUCUAUGUUAUCCAGGGGAAGGGGGGUGAGAUGGUGAGAGACGCAGCUCGAGACGUCCAUACGUGCCUUAUCUUAGUGGCAGUGACGUGAUAUUGCAGCUCCAGUCCUGAGGCUCGGCGAGAAAGCGCUUUCCAUCUCACUCUACAGCGAGUCAGCAGCAUCCUCCAUCCGUCAGGGACUGCGCUCUACCUGCUACCCGACCUGGGCAUCUCUUGAGGGACGGGCAGACAACGACUAAUGAUCAGACGGGAUUCACAGCAUUUUUCGCCCUCGUUCUAGUGUCUGCUCACUUCUAUUGCGCUCUCAUCACUUGGUUGCGUUGAGGUGGGAAAAAAGGAACGAGAUGAUGAUGAUGAUGAUGAUGAUGAUGAUGAUCCAGCCUGGAGUCUAAUGCAUUUUUGCUCAUUGACCGUCUUGUUGCUCUAGACUUCAUAGGCAAUGGGAGAUAUCGAUUCGCAGGGGAGCGACACGUUUAAUUUCUAAAGGAUGUGUCCAAGUAUGUGGGAAAAAUAGCCAUAGCUUUCAGAGUGCAAGGCCAAAUGACAUAGGAUGAAGGCUGUUCGUAAUCUGUUGAUUUAUAUAUUUUCCACCUAUCUCCUGGUUAUGUUUGGAUAUACUGGUGCCCAAGAUUUCUGGUGUUCCACGCUAGUGAAAGGAGUUAUCUAUGGAUCUUACUCGAUAAAUGAAAUGUUUCCCAAGAACUUCACAAACUGCACUUGGACGUUGGAGAACCCAGAUCCUACCAAAUACAGCAUCUACCUAAAACUUUACAAACGAGAAAUUAGCUGUUCCGAAUUCUCUCUGCUGGCUUACCAGUUCGAUCACUUCUCCCACGAGAAGAUCAACGAGCUGUUGAGGAUCAACGAGUCCAUUGUGCACCUCUGUGAUGACGCCAAGAAUAUUUAUGUUUUUUUGCAUUACGACAAAAAUUUCGUGCAGCUCCGGCGAGUGUUUCCCUACGACUACAACGGAUUGACGACAAAGAAGACGGAUGAGGAGGAAAGGUCUGUGGUGGAGUUUGUGGUUUUAAACAAGGCGAGCCCGAGUCAGUUUGGAUGUCAGGUGUUAUGCACGUGGUUGGAAAACUGCUUGAAAGGAGAGAAAGCUGAAUCCUGUGGAAUAGUCUAUGCUAAAUGCACCUGCCCGCAACAUUUAGGAGAUGGGGAAUCUGAGAGCGUGCUGAUGCUCAGUAACGUGGUGUUGCCUUUAAACCCCCAAACCGAAGGAUGCCUGACUCCUCACGUGCGCUCGGCGCAGGUGUGCAAUCUGAGCGCUGAGGUGCGACGACCAUCCAAGGAGGGUGAGUAUGAACCAGACAGCUGCAGUCCUUUAAUGCUGGAGAUCAUUUCACAGCUUAAUUAUACCGUGUCUUUAUGAUGCCCCCUUGUAUUCCUCCACCCUUCCACAUAAAAGCACACUAAAAA